ACUAGCAUAUAAACCGUUGAGUGUAUGUUUGUUUAUUUAAAUAUUACGCUAUUCAGAUAUUAUACAAGUCGUGUUCUACUUUCAGGGUAAAAAAAAACAUCGUUAUGGUUAUGAGAGCGAACCUCUUUCCAGUACUGUGUGUACCAGUUUUUCUCUUGUCAAUUACCGUCAGCAGUGAUGACAGUAAACAACAGAGGUUUGUUUAUUCCAAUGACACGGAAAAUGAGUGUUUGAAAAAUGGCGUCUAUAAAGGAGUUUGUAAAACUGUCCAAGAAUGCCCAGAACUUUUACAUAAGGAUUCCAAACUGCUUAAUGAGAACAACUGUGGUUUUAAAGGCAUUAUACCUUUAGUUUGUUGUCCAGAGUCAAUUAUACCCCGUGAAGGAUGUGGACGGCGUUCCAUUACAACUACAAGGAUUAUAGGUGGCCGUAUAUCAGAUGUUGGAGCCUGGCCGUGGAUGGUUGCUAUUUUUCUUAAAAGCAAAUAUGCCGAAUACUUAUACUGUGGAGGCUCAUUAAUAACUCAGAAACACGUGAUUACAGCAUCACACUGUGUCUUCGAAAGUACAAAUCUACUGGAACCAAGUGAUCUAUUAGUUCGUCUCGGUGAACACGAUUUGACGAGUGACGACGACAAUGCUUCACCGAUCGAUCGUUCAGUUAAGAUCAUAAAGCAUCACGAGAAAUAUGUGGCUCGAACCUUCGAAAACGAUAUCGCCAUUUUAACGUUGGACAAGCCUGUUAAAUUCACUGAAAGAAUCCAUCCAGUGUGUUUGCCAUUUAUAGAAUUACGACAUGAAAACUUAAUUGACAGACAUGCUUUCAUCACGGGAUGGGGAAAAACAUCUUAUUCUGGAAAAUAUAGUGAUAAAUUAAGAGAAGCUCAGGUGCUCAUCAGUGAUCAAAAGCAAUGUAACAAGGACUACCAAGGUAUCGUCAAUCUUACCAAAGUGUACAUGUGCGCUGGAUACGAUUUUGGAGGAAUAGACGCUUGUUUGGGUGAUUCUGGAGGGCCGUUGAUGCUACCUGCUGGAAAAGAUAGUCUCUUUUAUCUAGUUGGAAUCGUGUCAUUUGGAAAAAAUUGUGCCAGUCCUAACUAUCUAGGAGUUUACACGCGAAUAACAGAGUUUUUAGACUGGAUUAGAAUUAAUGCAACAUAAAUCCUUCGGUAUCCUUGGGUCAGUGGUAAAUUUACGGACUUACAAAAAUAAAGUAUAGGGUUCGAGUUCUGCAGUGGAUAGAGUACAGAUAGUUCAUUGUGUAGCUUUGCACUAGUCCCCCCUCCCAUCAGUGU